AAAGAAGACAUCGAUAAAUCAUUUUACCAACAAAAAUGUCGCCAUUAGGCAUAUUUAUUUUAUGUUUUACAGUUUUGUCAUGUGCUGCCAAAGCGAACCGCAUUGUAGGGGGUGUGCCCACGACCGUCGAGAAAUACCCUGUCAUUGUACAGGUGGAGUUUUUAGUUGAUUCUAACCUUUUCUCUCAAAUGUGCGCCGGUAGUGUGCUAACGAGAAGAACCAUAGUGUCUGCCGCUCAUUGCUUUGAGGUUGGUCCUGAGUCUACGCAGAGGUAUCGCAUCAGGGCCGGCAGCGCUGACCGUAGCUUUGGUGGCAUCAUCAGAGAUGUGGCCAUCAUCCUCAACCACCCGUCAUACGGUGAAAAUGGAUUUGACGGGGACAUUAAUCUGCUUUUCCUGGAAUCUGAUCUAGUUUACUCUAACGUGAUCAAGCAAGCAACUAUUGUGACUAGCGGUUUCACUGUACCUGGAAACUGGCCGAUCACUCACAUUGGUUGGGGAAUGGUUUCGUAUCCGGGUGAACGAGCGCCAAUUCUUCUUGAAGUUGGAGUAUUAUCAAUCGACUUAGACGUAUGUCGCGAGCGUUACGCAGACAUGCCUACUGCAGUCAUCACUGAUAACAUGUUUUGUUCCGGUAUUCUCGAUGUUGGGGGCAAAGGUCCAUGCUAUGGGGACUCCGGAGGACCUGUCUUCUAUGAUAAUAUCGUUAUUGGAGUCGUCUCUUGGGGAGAAGGGUGUGCUAACAAGACUACACCUGCUGUUAAUGUUGCUGUAUCGUCAUAUACUGAUUGGAUAGUCGAAAAUGCUGUUUGAACGAUAACUUUUUCUUUUUAAUCAUAUGAUCACUACACUACUGUUUUUGUAUAAGAAAAUUGCAAACAAGGAUGCUACAUGGAAUCACCGAAUUACGCCUUUAAGAACCUACUCUAAACAGAAAGAUAUACCAUAUUUCAUCUGCGUCACGUACUCCGCAAAAUCUACUUUUCUUUCCUACAUUUUUUUUGUGAGGGUGGAAAGAGCAACGACUCAAAUUAAAUCUUCAGAACGCUUACUCAACAACACGUGGAAGGACUCUCACUUGAUGCGUGUCUUCCUUCUUCUUGUGUCUCCACAUUCUUACAAAUACAAUAAAAAAAUAAAAAAGUAUCCUA